CACUCCCGCCAAUUCCGACUGAGGAGCGCGAGGUAAACCAGGGCAGUAUGUAGGAAAUGCGGAACGAGAAUAUUAUUUUUAGUGUCAAAUAUAGUACGAAUAAAUGUCUUUUUAGCCACGAUACAAAACGUGGUCCGUUAUUAGUAGCGUUCUCAGACAUUUAUGUAACCUAUAUUGCUGUUUUGACGUUGCUUUGCGGUAAUUUAUCGAAAACAAGAGAAGCCCUGGCUCGGUAGUUGGUAUGUUGGCGGCUGAAAACCCAUCAGUGGACGGACGUUUGACAGCAUCGACUCCUCGCACAAGAGGCAUGGACUGCAAGUCACGUAACAAUGCCAAGAAACUCGUACAAGCCCGUCUUCCCUUCAAACGCCUGAAAUCUGACCCGAAAGAGAACCAGCCACCUAAACGUCUUUGUACACAUGCCUGCCCUGAACUGUCAGGCAGGCAGAAUGAGAACGAGGCCUCUCCAUUGCCUUUACGCAGUGGACCACCCUUGAUCAAUGGUCGUGGGCCCCUUGAUGGUUUCCUAAGUCGUCGGUGCCCUGUAGCCUUAAAUAAGAACGUGGUGGUAGAUCUGACUGAGGACAAUACAUUGUCUCCUUCAAAAUGCCCUGUUGCACCUGCUCCAGUUUCUUCUUGCCCUCCAACAAAAGUCAGGCAUCUGGGCAAAGACAAAACUGUCUCUUCAGAGAAAUCCAGCAACAUCGACUGUGCAAAAACAGAUACAGACUGCGUAGUAGUCAGUGAUACAGAAAAGGUGCAGGAUGAGGAUAAAAUUCAGCCAUCUAUCUCUCAACUUGACAUAACAGAGGAUUCUGAGAGUGAGUUGGAGGAGCAAAAUCAGUCAGGAAAUAUUUCCAGUUUGGGAAAUAAGUCCAUGCUGUCCAUUUCAUCAGUUAGCUCCAUUUCUGAAGGUUCACCAGAGGAAUCUAAAACUGAAGACCCUACACCCACAGAACCAAAGACCACCCCCAAGAUCCCAGCAGAGGAGAUAAAGAGCAAAAGACGUGCACUGAAGCAGAAUUUAGAAGAACAAGAGGAGAGGCUACGCCAGCGACAGGAGAAGGAACGCCAGAAGAAAGAGGCUAAAGCUGCAAAAGAAGAAAAAAAAGAGGCGGCUCGCAAAUUAAAAGAGGAACGAGAAAGGGAAAAACGUGAGAAAAAGGAAAAAGAUGAGCGAGAGAAACGCGAGAAAAAAGAAAAGGAGGAGAAAGAAAAAGCAGAUCGAUUAAAAGCAAAAGAGGAGCUUCGGAAAUCAAAGAUAGAGGCCAAGCUUGAAGAGAAACGGAAGAAAGAAGAAGAAAAGCGAAUGAAGGAAGAAGAUAAACGGUUGAAAGAAGAGAAAGAUCGUCUAAAAGCUGAGAAAGCUGAAAUUACACGGUUUCUACAGAAACCGAAGGCACAACAGUUUCCAAAGACUCUUGCAGCUGCAUGUGGAAAAUUUGCUCCAUUUGAGAUAAAAGAAAACAUGUCUUUGGCACCACUGUGUCGGGUUCAUUGUGAAGACUCUGUUCUUGAGGAUCUGGACCAGUGUUUGGUAAAUCCUGUUUAUAACCUGAACGGACUAAAAGAAUGGAUUGGACAAAAGCCUCGUCGGUCAGGACCAACCAAACCUAGAUCAACAGACUCAGUCAGGGAGUGUAUAACCAUUGAGGGGCCUAAACAAGAAGGUGUUCCAGACCGUGAGCGUUACGGACCCAUGAAGCUGCUGCAGUUUCACGAGAACUACCGUCCAGCGUAUUGGGGCACCUGGAACAAGAAGAGCUCACACAUCUCAUCUCGCUGCCCUUUUAGACUAGAUAAGGAUUUGUUAGACUAUGAGGUGGAUAGUGAUGAAGAAUGGGAGGAAGAGGAACCAGGAGAAUCCCUGUCACACAGUGAAGGGGAAGAUGAGGAAGAAGGUGGUGAAGACGAUGACGAUGAUGAUGGCUUUUUUGUACCUCAUGGCUACCUUUCAGAGGAUGAAGGAGCGCUUGAAGAAGAGGAUGGGGGCGACCUGGAGAAGCAGAAACUGCGUCAGAAGCUGAAAGCAAGGGAGUGGGAUGAACUGAUGUCCACUAAGAAGAAGAUGAAGGUGCUGGAGCCAGUGGUGCACGGCUGCAUCUGGGAGGGAGACGGGCGUAGUUUAGACCUCUUCCAACCUUAUGUGGUGUGUCUGGUUGAGCCCUUACCCAAGGCAGACAUCAGCCCCAGCUCAGAUGAGGCUGCACAGAAGUUUCAGAGAGAAGAGCAGUUACUCGGUCAGCUGCUACCACUGCUGCACGGCAAUCUCAACAGCAGCAAAGUUAUCAUUUCAGAGUUUCAAGAGUUGUGUCGUCGGCAGACAUCGACCUCUUUGUCAUCACCUUCUGAACCGUCCAGCCCUCAGAAUCCAGCAGAAAACAUCCCCACCAGAAUACAUCUGAAGCGCCUCAUCAAGAACAAUGCUGUUUAUGAGAAGCGCACCACCUACAGACGCUGCUGCUGGUAUGUGCAUUCAGAAGUACUGACCCGUUUUGGCCAGGACGCUCUCCCAGUGCCAUGUCAGUGGACCUACCUCACCACUGGAGCUCGAGAAGACUCUCGUGAUGAACCCCAGGCUGCCACAGGCUCUCAGGGAAAUUCUCCCUCUACUCCUCAGAUGUCCUCCACUGCACCUUCAUCUUCUAACAAAAGGAAGAGUACAGGCAGCAUGUCAAUCACCAAAUUCAUGAAGAGAUGUGCUGAUCUUGAGCAGCCAGAAGCAAUGGAGGCUGAUGGUUUCCAAGCUGACACUGAGGAUGACGAUGAGGAUGACUGUGUUAUCAUUUCUAGAGUGACCCAGUAAAGUCAGAUGCCUCCACUGAGGGAGAUGUCGUGAUGGAAGUAAGCUCCUCAUGGCCUGUGCUGCUUCUACUUUCUCCACUGCCCGAGAACGAGGAGACCACCGCCCCCACACCAAGCUACUUGUUUCCUUUUGAAUUUCUCCUUCAUGGCCCUGAACUCUCUGUCAAAGGCAGAAUCGCAUCUUAAAGCAAGAUGAAGCACAACACUCUGGUACCAGCAGCUCACAGCAGAUGGUGUCUGCUAAGUAUUAGGAGUUUCCACUCAUCACUUUUUAAAGGAGCCAGGAGCCAUUUUGCCUGUUAAAUAUAGCUCUGUAUAAAGUUGAGUAUCUGACUUGGUCACUGCGGCCAGGUAUUCACUGUUUGCCUGACGCUGGCAUUUCAUUUUGUCAGGCAUCAAUGGUCUUUUUAAAGUGGAAAGUGAACUCUGGCACUGCUUUAGCUACAGCAGAGAAGAUAAGCAGGAUGGAAACACCCAAUUUUUAUGAGAAGCACCACAAAGACAUUAAUGACAGCAUUAUUUACGGUUUUGGAAAUGUUGAAGUCAUGCUAUGGUCUAAUGUGUAUAUAGUUUACAAUAACUUAGAAUUGGGGGGAAAAAAACUUUCCGUCGAUUUCAAUGGGUGCGUUAUUUUUUUCUGCAGUUUCUAAUUCUGAUAACUCGCUGGAGUAGUUACUAGACCUAUGUUGCAAUCUUUUAUAAAUAUGUAUUCUGUAUUUUGUUUUUCAAGAAUACUUGAACAGGAUAAAUUCAUUAAACAUGAAUAAAAGUACUGCACUUUUA